CCCCGCCGCCGCCGGGACCAGCCUCCAGCGCCGCCCGCCCGGACGCGGCUGCCGCCGGCGGGACGAGGAGCCUGGCCGGUCGCACCAUGAGCAACCUCCCCGCCGACCGGGAGAGCGGCCCCGCCGACACCGGCCUGCCCGAGGAGGAGGUGAGGACACUCUUUGUCAGCGGGUUGCCUCUGGACAUUAAGCCCCGGGAACUUUACCUGCUCUUCAGGCCCUUUAAGGGGUACGAGGGGUCUCUCAUCAAACUCACCUCCAAGCAGCCCGUGGGCUUCGUCAGCUUCGACAGCCGCUCUGAGGCAGAGGCGGCGAAGAACGCUCUGAACGGCAUCCGCUUCGACCCCGAGAUCCCCCAGACGCUGCGGCUGGAGUUCGCCAAGGCCAACACCAAGAUGGCCAAGAGCAAGCUGGUGGGCACCCCAAAUCCCAGCACCCCUUUCCCCACCGCCGUACCUCAGUUCAUCGCCCGGGAGCCCUAUGAGCUCACAGUGCCUGCACUUUACCCCAGUAGCCCUGAAGUGUGGGGGCCGUACCCUCUGUACCCAGCGGAAUUAGCACCUGCUCUACCUCCUCCUGCUUUCACCUAUCCCGCUUCGCUGCACGCCCAGAUGCGCUGGCUCCCUCCUUCCGAGGCUGGUUCUCAGGGCUGGAAGUCCCGUCAGUUCUGCUGAAUGCCGGCACCGCGACCUCAGCCCCCCGUGCCAGCGUCCCUCACCCUCCGCUGUGUCCUCCCGCAGGUCUCAGGUGUGUGAUGGUGGCCUACAGUCAGUCUUGUGGGUAUUAGUGGAGUCUUCCAAGGCGGCUACUGGGGUGACGUGCUCUCCGCCGGACCACAGUGUGCUGGCUUGAAAAAAAACCCUCACACGAGUUUGGAUUCCUCCAAGACUUUCCCACAGCCUCUAUCACACAUCUGCUCUCCUAGAAGAAAAACAUUACCUAGUAAUAAUAUUUUCCUCUUUUACACUGUAUAUUUGUAAGGAAGAGUGUGUUGCUCCCGAAAGCAUGGUUUGACAGGCAUUGUUGUAGUGUUUGAACUUUUCAAACAGAACCAUACGAAAGCAGACUGAAACGAGAGCCAAGUAUUUUUGUACCAAAGCUCCUCAAAGAGGACAAUCUUACACCGGGUCGGACCACAGGCUUCGUGCUUGACUUUUGGAAGGUGUGUAAUUAAGAGUCUUAUAUUGUCCCCCGGCCCCCGUCAGCUGCAUGUCGAAGGCAUGAUGUUCACGUGUGUGCAGAUGUCGAGACACACCACGCGGGUUCGCAGGAGAUGUCCGUGGACACUGCAGUAUUACUGUCUUCUUCCCAGUUGUACCAAAUGACAACCAGGCAGGACAAUCAGGAACGUUCCUCCGGUGUUUUUUUUGUACCUUAGGGCUGUGCUCGUAGCUGCUGUGCAAAGCUUCCGCGGGGUGCAACGGCUCGGAUCAGGGAUGGGCACACGGCCCGCACAUGUAGCAAGGUGACAAUUUGCCUCCUCCUCCUCCUGCCAUGGCUGCUUCAAGCUGUUACAGGCAACGUAAACUGCUGUAUGAGAAAAACUCUUCCUGCUACGCCGAAGCGCUGGACUGGGGUUUUAGCACCGAGGUUAUGCCAGUCCGGCCGCUCGCUGCGUGGCAUUCCCAUGUUUCCACGUGCAAAGACAAGAAGGGAAGCUGCCAACACCCUUUACGGAGGGGUAGUGUACCAGCAAAGAGACUGCUUGAUGUACUAGUUGCUCCUUCUCCUUGCUCCAGGAGGAAUUUGCAGAAAGAAAUUAACAGAGCAAACCAACCCAAAACCUCGUAUCAGGUCUCGGUUUCUUGCAAAGGGAGGUGCAAAGCUCCUCCUUCCAUUUCCUUCCCCUGUCCUCAUUCCAGCUGCAAGGAACAGUGAGCUCAGCCGCUGCCCAGGCCUCACUGUAGCUGGUUUCCCAGCUGUCCAUGGCCUCAUUCAGCAUCAUCACCUUUUCCUUCCUCCUUCCUCUUGUCCUGUGGGUGGGCCAAAAUAAGACAGUUGAGAUUUUGGCUGUCAGGGUGGGGCAGGGGGAUGAGAAAAUGGGAUUUUUCAUGCUGGGAAACUGUCCCGUUGGAGUCUUCUGUAAAAAAUGGGACUGAUGUCCAUUUUUUGUAAAAAAUGGGACUGAUGUGAGAAGAAAUCAAAUCCAAAACAAACCUCAGAGUGGCUCUAAAAGGAACGAUACCGGCGUUCCCAAGCGAGGGACUAACUCCUUUAGCAAACUAUUUCCUGUACUUUGUCUCGUGGAGAGGAGAGAAGCUUCCACAUUGUCUACUCCGCUUUUGGAAAUAUGUUUAAAGGUACUUUUCUAUUGUAAUUUUUUAAUAAUAAAACCGGUGAUUAUUAUAAGUUA